UUAAUUUUAUGAUGCACAAAAAUACUCCAAAAUACGUAAAAGAAAUCGAUAGCAGAGUAGCUGAAAAGUUAAAACUUUUAAAGAAAACUAAUUCCACGUUGUUAGAAAAGAAACAAACAUAUUUUGAUGAAGUUCUUUCGAUAUAUCGUGAUGCCUCUAAAGAACUGAUUGAAAAAUCAAUUACAUAUUCUCCAAUAUUACUUGACAUACAAAACUCUUAUGAAAAAUCUUUAAGCAUACGUGAUGAUCGUAUAAAACAACUUAUCACUCAAGAUAAAGUGUUUGGUGUUUCGGUAAAUAAAAAGAAGUAUGAUGAUAAAAUAAAACAAUUACUUACUGAUAAAGAGGCCUUGAGAAGUGAAAAUCUUAGUUUGAGCUUUGAGAUAUCCAAAUUAAAGAAAGAUAAUGGGAAGUUAAAGGAUGAGAACUUUUCAGACUAUUUAUCGUUAAUGCGUGAACGCGACGCUAGAUACACCCUAUACUUUGAGAAUUUAUCGCUGCAUCUGAGACUAAAGGAGUUAGAUGAUGGCUCGAGUCAACCAAUGGCCAUUCGAUCUGACCCCACCAUACUCAGAAUUGCACUUGACAGAUGUCGCGAGCAGUUAUCGUCAACUCAAAGCGAGUUGAAGAGGAUGAAAGAAGAAUACGCGGAAACAGUGCCGAGACGUGACUUCGAACAUCUGGAAGGCGAGAACGAGGAGUUACAGACGCAGGUACAGCACCAGAUCGCCCAGUUAGAACACCUGCAGAGCACCUAUAAGAAAAUCACUGCGCAUAAAAAUAGUAUCGAGGAAGAACUCAUGGAAUGCAGGGAGCGAUGCCGAGAACUAGAGCGGGCUGGAACACCGCGGCCCCCAUGGGAUCUCUGCGCAGACUUCAUUGGCGGCGGCAAGAAAAGAUGGUGUCAGCUUACUGAGGGUUUGCCAUCCCGCGAUAAAUUAAGAGCACUGCUUAAGGAGUUGGGCCCAGCAGCCGAGAGUGAGCACUUGGAGUACUUCGAUGGACUGGGCACAGACCCCGCUGUCCCCCCAUACUUACGAUACUCGGGGCGCGUACGCAAUCUGCGUCUGUCGCGUCGCGAGGUUCGCGUCGUGGUUAACGAUGUUUGGCGCGGUCGACCCCAUCAUCCUCACCUUGCAUUGCAGGAUUUCGUGACCAAGUACUUUGAGGAUAGAUACCAACAGUCGUCAGUGCGCGCAGAGUGGGCGUACAAUGUAUGCGCGGGCGCCGAGAGUAUGCUAGACGAACCACAGGUCCGUGUAUGGUGGGGCGCAUUGCACGGACAGCUUAGCGAACAAGUGUAUUGGGGUCUUCGCCGCCAAUGGGACCAAUUGCAUCAGCAUCUACGCCGCCAUGCGUUAGAUGGAGAGACUGUAACAAUAGAAGAGUUUGAGCGGGUAUCACGGUCGAUAUUCCCGCUAAAAAGUGAAGUUGACAUUAAAAAUUUAACCGACGUUGUUAAGAAACAACUUAAAAUCAAACUCAACUGUAAUGAAAUAAACUUGGACAAACUCUUCUACGAGAACGAAGAAGGCUUCGACCGUGUGGAGUUAGCUCGAGAGCUUUUCCGUCAGCGUCAAUUGGGGCAAGACAAAUACAUACGUGAGGUUGUGACGGAGUUAGGAGGCCGACGUGCCCAACGCAAUGUAACAGUCGAUGCACUCAAACGGGCUUUUGCUAUUGUCGACCCGGCAAUUGACCACGUCCGUAUGGAACAAUAUAUCCGAUGGGCAUUUUCGGAUCAGACAUCAGAAAUCAGCGUUAUCAGCCCGCUACCUCUUCAGAACAUUGCCUUACGCCUGGCUGCUGGAGACAUUGAGAGAGUCGGGCCUAGAUCCAAGGGAGUACGUCGAAAUUAUAAUAAGCAUCAGGAGUUAAGUAAAUAGAUUAUUGUAGGUAUUUAUUUUUACAUAUAAUCUGCACUUUAAUUACAUUCCUUAUA